UUUACUGAUGAAGCUUCGAUGCUCAAUGCUGCAAAUGAUACACGAACUGGCCUGGCUGGAUAUGUCUUCAGCCGAGAUAUGGAUCAGAUCUACCGAGUAACCCGUCGACUUCAAGUUGGAAUGAUCGGAGUCAACGAAGGUCUUAUGUCAUGUGCCGAAGCUGCCUUCGGAGGUGUCAAAGAGAGUGGCCUGGGCAGGGAGGGCGCAGCACAAGGCAUUGAUGAAUUCACCCAAUGGAAGUAUAUUUGCACUCAACACCAAUGA